AUGACGAUGGUGUCAGAACGUGAACAACUCGCUUGCCUUGUGCAACAAUGGAACGAGAAUCGUCUCGAUUUAUUUCAUCUUUCGUAUCCGACAGAGGAUCUUGAAGUCGAGGGAGUCAUGAGAUUCUAUUUUCAGGACGGAGGUGAAAAAGUGCUGACAAAAUGUGUGCGUGUCUCCUCAACGGCCACAACUCGAGCCGUCGUCGACGCUCUAUCCGAGAAAUUCCUGCCAGAUCUGAAAAUGCUCUCGAAUGACACGUAUUCACUAUGGGAAGUGCAUGAAAAUGGGGAUGAAAGGAAGUUGGGAGACGAAGAGAAACCACUGGUUGUCCAGUUGCAAUGGCAUAAAGAUGAUCGAGAAGGACGGUUUCUGUUGAAAAAGGAUAAGGCGGCGCCGGUGACGUUGAUGAAUCUCCAAGAAGCGGAUCAAAAGACGCGAUUCGCAAAGAAGAAGGACAAAGAGCCGAAGAGCAAAAAGCAUCAAAAAGAAUUCGUUUCAGUGCAUGUAAAUGGCGGACGAGAAGAGGCGCAAUCGCAAGAUGAUAUCUAUAAACAAGUGCCUUUCAAUACAUUCACUCGAACUAUUUCAAAUCCAGAAGCUGUUAUGCGGAAGCGGAGAGAGAAAAAGUUGGAGACAAAGUUGAAGGAAAUGACUUUUGGCGGAAGUCUAAAAGUGUACGGUGGCGAGAUUGUGCCGACUCGUCCGUACGUCUCAAUUCUGGCAGAAAUCAACGAGACGGCCGAUCGAAUUUUGGCAGCCGCAUUGGAAAAAUAUGGAUUAGAACAGUCGAAAGAAGAUUUCAUUCUUAUUGAGAAUGUUGUGGAAAAGAAAACGAAUUUCGAAAAACUUUUUUUUGUCUCAAUUCGUAAAAGAGGCGAUGAGAGAAGAGACUGA